AUGGCUGGCGGUUCUGUCUACAACGGCGGUGGUGGUGACGAGGAGGAGAACUGUAUCGUUGAUGUUGAGGAGCUUCAGGCUCAUGGCAUUGGCGCUGCCGACAUCACCAAACUCAAGAGCAACAACAUUCAUACUGUCGCUACUCUGAUCUCUACUACGACGAGAAGGCUGCUCAAGAUCAAGGGCUUCUCGGACAUUAAAGUUGAGAAAAUUAAGGAUGCUGCUAAGAAGUUAUCGCCUACGGCUGGUUUCAUGACUGCUGCUGAGCUUGGCCAGAUCCGCAAGCGCUGCAUCAGAAUCUCUACUGGUAGUAAACAGCUUGAUGCUGCUUUGAACGGUGGAUUCCAGACUAUGAGUAUCAAUGAGGUCUACGGCGAGUUCAGAUGUGGCAAGACCCAACUCGCACACACCAUGGCUGUCAUUGCACAACUCCCGAAGGAAAUGGGUGGUGCUGAAGGAAAAGUUGCGUAUAUUGAUACAGAGGGUACCUUCCGUCCGGAAAGAAUCGCAGAGAUUGCCGAGCGCUUCGGUGUCGACCCUGAUCAAGCAUGUGAGAACAUUGCCUACGCUCGUGCUCAGAACUCCGAGAUGCAAACCGAGCUGUUGGAGGGUCUGGCCGCUAACUUCGCCACUAAUGAAUAUCGUCUUCUCGUCAUUGACAGUGUCAUGUCCCUUUACCGUACCGACUACUGUGGUCGUGGUGAACUCUCCGAGCGUCAGCAGGUUCUUGGUCAGUUCCUCAGACGUGCAACACAGAUGGCCGAGGAAUUCAACCUAGUCGUCUUAAUGACAAACCAAGUCAUGUCGGAUCCCGGUGCUAGUGCUCUAUUCGCCGGAGCUGAUGGUCGCAAACCUGCUGGAGGUCAUAUCCUUGCCCAUGCUUCUACUACCAGACUUCUGCUUCGUAAAGGUCGUGGUGAGGAACGUGUCGCUAAGAUUGUCGAUUCACCUGAUUGUCCUGAGCGGGAAGCAACGUACAUCAUCACGACUGGCGGUAUCGAUGAUCCUGCGAAGGUCUAG